GAUGUUAACAUGCCAAUAUUCUCGUUACUACAUCAGGUCCUUUACACAAUCAUUUGUGUGGUUGGUCUACUGGGUAAUACUUUGGUCAUCUACGUGGUAUUACGCUUUUCCAAAAUGCAAAUAGUUACGAAUAUCUACAUCCUUAACCUGGCCCUGGCCGACGAGUGCUUCUUAAUUGGCAUACCAUUUCUGGUUACAACCAUGAGUCUCAAGGUUUGGACAUUUGGUAAAAUCAUGUGUAAAGUUUACAUGACAACGACCAGCAUUAACCAGUUCACGAGUAGUAUAUUUUUAUUAAUCAUGAGCGCUGAUCGGUACAUCGCUGUAUGCCAUCCAAUCUCUUCUACAAAACACCGGACACCAUUUAUUGCUAAAAUAGUGUCAAUUUCGGCAUGGACACUUAGCGCUGUUUUUAUGAUACCCAUUUACAUGUACGCAAACGAAAUGGAAACUCAAAAGGGCUAAAUGAGUUGUAACAUAUACUGGCCUGAUGAUCAGGGAGGACAGAAAACCUUUACUUUGUACAGUUUUUUUCUAGGUUUUGCUGCACCCUCCACCCUUAUUUCAAUUUUUUAUUUUUUGGUUACCAGAAAAUUAAGGACAGUGGGCCCAAAAAACAAGUCAAAGGAGAAGAAAAAGUCUCAUCGCAAAGUUACGAAACUAGUGCUCACUGUCAUAGCUGUAUUCUUUAUUUGUUGGUCACCAUAUUGGUUUACUCAAAUGGCAUUAAUUUAUACAGAGCCAAAUCAAUGCCAAUCUCAUAUUAGUAUUACUAUUUUUUUAUUGGCUGGUUUUCUUAGCUACUCUAAUAGCGCAAUAAAUCCAAUACUUUAUGCUUUUCUUAGCGAAAAUUUCAAGAAAAGUUUUCUUAAAGCUUGCACCUGCAUAACAGGACAGGACAUUAACGCUACUUUACACAUGCAGAAUAGUGUAUUUCCGCGUAAGACUAAAGCCAGUGUUAAACAAAUUCAAAAUAAUGAUCCCAUAGUAUCAGGUACUUUGAAAAAUGAAGAUGAAGAUGAAGAUAAAGAAAAUGAACUGGGACUUUUGGUUCGCAAGACCUCAACGACGACAUUAACAAUGACAUCUCGGUCCAACAUUACUGAUAUAAGUGAAGUGAAGGAUUUUUCAAGUCAGUAUCAGGUUAAAAGUGUUGUAAAAAAUCAACUUAAUCAGCAGACGAAAGUGUAA